AUGCAGAGCGACGGCGCAUCAAACGCAUUCCACGUGCCCGCACAACGGCCCGCUCAUCCUGCGGACGCCAAGAUGACCGCACAGAGCAAUGCCUCCUCCGGCUCAAUGUCCGCGAAACAGGGCUCCGUCGCCUCGUUCGAUGUCGAUCCUCAGUCGUCGCCUCACACGCAAAGGUCGACUUCGGCGCCAGAAAAUCUCGAGACGUUCCUCAACGACUCCGCCCUCGCCAUCGGCAGCGGGGACGGAGGAGGUGAUAGCUUCGGGAGCGACAAGCGGAAGCAAGCUCGUAUCCAACGCUUGAAAGUCGCCAUCGCUUUGGUCAAUGAGCAGCUUCAACACACUUGCACCAACGGCGACGAAGAUGACAAGCCUGAAGCCGGCAUAAACGACGGCGGAAGCACCCAGACCUACCAGCCAUCACAAAGCCAAAGCAACAUGGACGACCAUGUUCGAGGUGUUGGCGCACAGUUUCCCUCUUUGGAAGACCUCAGUAACCUUCGACCGUCGUCGGCCGAGUGA